AUGUCGCCGACCCAGAACACCCCCGAGUCGCUCGCCAACUGCUCUCCGGCGACCCGUGCCAUCCACGGUGAUGACGGCAUUCAGCAGCACAAGGCCAUUGCCCCGGCCAUUCACCUGUCAACGACCUACCGGUACCAUGACAACCCGGACGACAUCGUCUUCUGGGGAGAAUACGACCCCCUCGGUCACCGCGACUCUCACACCUACUCGCGUGAGACCGCCCCCAACACGAACCGUCUCGAGGCGGUGCUUGCCGCGCUGCUGGGCGGCAAGUCUGUCACCUACCCUACGGGGUUGGCGGCUCUCUUUUCCAUGCUUGUGCACCUGCGCCCCAAGCGCAUCGCUAUGCGUGCUGGAUUCAGCGGGUGCCACGGGGUCGUGGGUCUCUUGGGCCGGGUGUAUGGCCUGGAGAAGGUGGACCUUGACAGCGACGAGAUCGGAGAGGGCGACGUGAUCCUCCUCGAGACCCCGCUCAACCCGUCCGGUGAGGCGCGCGACAUUGUCCACUACUCGAACAAGGCUAAGAAGGUUGGCGCCAUCUUGUGUGUGGACCCAACUCUCGCCCCUCCUCCUCUUCUCGCCCCCUUCGACCUCGGUGCGGAUAUUAUCCUUCACUCGGGCAGCAAGUACUUUGGCGGUCACAACGACCUUCUUUGCGGCGUCCUGACUGUCCACCCCAAGCAUGACGACUGGUACCCUCGCCUCAGGCGCGACCGCCACAUCAUGGGCAACUGCAUGGGCAACUUUGAAGGCUGGCUCUGCCUACGCUCCCUCCGCACCGUCGAAAUCCGCGUCAAGCGCCAGAGCGAGACCGCGACCCGCCUCGUCAAGUGGCUCGACAACUCCAAGGCUGACCUACCUGGCGUCCUGUCUAUUGCCCACGCGUCUCUCCAGACUGAGCCUUGGGUCCGCGAGCAGAUGCCCAACGGCUUUGGUCCCCUGUUCACCCUGUACCUGACCAGCGAGAGAGCUGCACGGAUACUCCCAUCCAAGCUCCAGCUGUUCCACCACUGCACCUCGCUCGGUGGAGCCGAGAGCAUGAUCGAGUGGCGGCGCAUCACCGACGACGAAAUCGAUCCGCGUGUACUGCGCGUCAGCGUGGGUCUCGAGUCGUUUGAGGACCUGCAAGCCGAUCUCAUCCAGGGCCUCAAGGCUGUCGCGCUGGAGAUGGAGCAGGCCGCCAACUCGACACCGUCGUCAUAG